AUGCUGAAAGAUGGUCUUGGAAAUUGGGGAAAUUAUUCCAAGACAAAGAACAAGGAAAAUCUGUCUACUCUUGCUGCAAGAUGUUCCAUUCAUGCCUUAAAGAUAUCGCUGCACCCAAAUCAGACUUUAAAUUGGAGUAAUUGGGACAAAAAUCUGCAAAAGAUUCAAGUCUAUUUGCAGAAAUUUGCUGCAGAAAACAAAUCACAGUUAUCACAUCAUCUGGAACCUCUUUGCCGAUUCUUAAAGCUGACAAAUUCUCUUUCAUCUCUGACCUUCCAGGAAGUAUUGCGGAAAGCUUUAUUUCCAGACAAGGUCAUCAACGCCGAAGGGAAUGCUUCAGAGCUCAUGCUCACUCCAUUACAUGCAUUGGAUUGUAGUAACACAUGUAUAUCAUCAUAUCUCUAUACUGAUACGUUAAGCGAUCCUUUGAAGAAGGUAGUUUCAGAUUUUAAGGCUGAUGAUAUCAUUUUCAUGAAAUACCACACUAUCCUUCCAAAUUUGAUAUUCAUGAUUAGAGAGGACAACAACGGAGACAAUCCUAUUCACCUUCAUCAUCCAGACCUUCCCAAAUUGAUUUUUGAACUGAAAUUAGCUCACGCACAUACAAUGAGAGCACUAAUUAGAGAAAGUAUUGAAGAUUGGCAUGGAGAUGUAUAUACUAUUGAUAAAGUGGAAGAAUAUAUGAACACUAAUGCAAUAAGGACAAGCUCUACAAUUAAUACAAUAGAAAGGGUAUCAAGACAAGAAGAGUACAGAAAAGUCCGAAUAGACAGCAAGGUUUAUGAUGUUGCGCUUGACCCUUCCUUUAAGUAUAAGGGUAAAUCAAACAAGAUGUUACAGAAAGGAACAAUUUCUCGUGGAGGUGCUGGAUCUCGUGAAAUAUUCGUCAAAACAUGCGCCAGAGAAGUAGAACAUUGUGAAAUGAUUCGACCGUUAAUGAGAAAUUUGGUAAUCGGCCUUAAUCCUAUUCACAAAAUGCUGUUUAUGCCAGUGGGAUCUCCUUGUGUCGGUCCGUUAAGCGAAUAUGAAUUACAAAAACUCAUUAUUGAUAUUCUUGUUCAAAUCCAAAUUUUGAAACAUGAUGCCAGAUUCAUUCAUAAUGACAUCAAACCCUCAAACAUUGUGAAAUAUGAAAACCAUUGGUAUCUAAUAGAUUUUGAAAUUGCUCACGUAUUAGACACUAUUAAGGAUGACAAAUGUUAUGACUUGGAUGACAAUGUGGUAGUUAAUAGGGAACGAACGAACGGAUAUAUUGCUCCUGAAAAGCUGUCAGAUGGCCACGUUUCACCUAAGAGCGACAUUUAUUCAUUUGGUGUAAUGCUUAAUAAGAUGUUCGAACAUACUUUGGAGAGUUUACCAAAAUUGAAGAAAUUGGUCGAUGAAAUGAUGAUAAGAGAUGUCAGGAAACGAGUAUCUGUCGAAGAUUGCUUGAAACACUUCUCUAAUACGGAAGUUUCUUCUGCAUUAACAUUUUUCAGAAUCAUACCUAGGAAUUUUGGAGAAGUGAUAAUCUCUUGA